GCGGUUAAGGUGUAACUUAUUUCCUGCCACUGGUCACAGAGAAAAGAGAGAAAGUUAUGAACUAAAAAAUUGGGAGUGUGAAGCCAAUAGGUGGUUUUCGGAUUCCUCGGACUUUUUUUAUAACUGACCUUGUCUUCUCUCUUCAAUGCUCCUACGAACAGGUGAUUGAUGCAUGCUCUGAAACUUUCCAGCAAUAACGCUUCAGAAAUUGAAGGGUUUAUUGCAUACGAGAUUCACUAUGGAAGUAGGAAAGCACAUCUUCUGAAUGAUCUAUUCCAUGUAUAAAUUUCAGGUGGUUUGAUUUGAACUCCGGCGAAAGAAAUGAGCUGACUCAAAUGCUAGAGUGUCGUAAAGGACGCCUGAGACUGCAGUUUGAUAAAGUUGGAUUUGAAUUAAUUUUUGGUCAAUGUUCUCUAGCAAUUAAGUUUUGCCUUAUUGGGAUGGACAUAGCCAAUAGCGACAACAUUAUACAGCCUUCGACAUCUUGUCACUGCUACAGGAUAUCCAGCCUGACCGAUACAAUUUUGGACACGACUGAAGUGGCGAACUUGAAAGAUCGGUAUGUUCUUGGGGAGCAGUUGGGGUGGGGACAAUUUGGUAUCAUAAGGGCAUGCUCGGAUAAGCUGUCUGGUGAGGUUUUAGCUUGCAAAUCUAUUUCUAAAGAUAGAUUGGCCACACUCAAUGAUGUGCGCAGUGUAAAGCUUGAGAUUGAAAUAAUGAGUAGGUUAUCAGGGCAUCCAAACGUUGUGAAUCUCAAGGCAGUGUAUGAAGAGGAGGAUCAUGUGCAUCUUUUGAUGGAAUUGUGCGCGGGUGGGGAGCUUUUUCACCAACUUGAAAAGCAUGGUAGGUUCUCAGAACAAAAUGCUCGUGUUAUCUUUAGACAUCUUAUGCAAGUGGUUCAGUGCUGUCAUGAAAAUGGCAUCGUUCACAGAGAUUUGAAGCCUGAAAACAUUCUCUUAGCCACCAAGUCUUUAUCAUCACCAAUUAAAUUGGCUGACUUUGGUCUUGCAACAUACAUCAAACCUGGGCAUUGUUUGCAUAGGACAGUUGGAAGUCCAUUUUACAUUGCUCCCGAGGUACUGGCUGGAGGUUAUAACCAGGCUGCUGAUGUGUGGAGUGCUGGUGUUAUUCUUUACAUUCUUCUAAGUGGGAUGCCCCCAUUUUGGGGGAAGAGCAAAUCAAGGAUCUUUGAUGCAGUUAGGGCUGCAGAACUACGGUUCCCUCCCAAAUUCUGGGAUCAAAUAUCCACAUCUGCCAAGGACUUGAUCGCUGGAAUGCUCUGUAAAGAUCCUUUCAAGAGGCUUAAUACUGCACAGGUGUUAGCUCACUCCUGGGUGCAGGAUGGGGUACAAGUAGCUCAAGAAUCCAACAUGCAGGACAACCUUAACUGUGAACAGCUAGAAAUUUGUGGAGGUUCAUGUUCUACCCCAUUCAUCGCCAAGGAUCAAGCCUACAGCUUCACCUAUGAAUUGCCUGUAACUGGUGGGGAUCAAGAGGGGCACUCUCCUACACCCACAUCGUCAUUUUCUUCCUUCCUAGUUAAUGACAACACCCCUUGCUCUGCAUCUGGAGGUUUUUCUUUUAGCAACCAUGAUGAACCAGGUGCAACAGAGUUCUCAUCUCCCAUUUUAUCAAUGCUAAGCUUUACCUUCUUUAGUCCUACCACUGAAGUUGAUAAAGGAGAUUUCUCGUUUGGUACUAAAGCCACCGAAUUGAAAUGGGACGCAAUACAUGGAGAAUCAGUUCUGCGAAAGCUGCCUGUAUUGUCAGCUACUUCUGCUGCAGUUCACCGUGGAAUAGAAGAAAUGAUGCAGAAGAUGGAAUUUCCACGAGAAGGGUGCAAUGGGUCUAAAUUAUCCAGCAUCCACAGCAGAAGAAAUCACACCAUAGGACUUGGCGAGCUUGAUCAACUUAAUAUCAUGGUCACCGAAUCGGUUAUUCGCUGGGCGUCAUGCACGCAUAUCCCUACCGCCCCAUCACUUAGAUUAUCACUUGUAUGCUAGAUGAGCGCGUGUACUUCGUACACUUUCUGGGCACAGUAUUAACGAGUUCUAAUAAUGACUGCAAGGUAACUUGAUCCAAAAGUUUUGGCGAUGUUAGAAACUGAACUCUGAUGAUAGAUUUGAGAAGAAACGCACUUGGGAGAGGUGAUAAUUUAUGAGGUGUUAUCGAAUCAUUCCGCUCUGGAAAUUACUACCAAAAGGGUGUAUAUAGCAGAAGUUGCGCAUCUAAUUUUCAAACUAUUAAACAUUGUGGCGAGAAGAAAUAUAUUUCAAUGUCUCCCUCCUGUGCGAUCACGUAUUGUUUGUUGUCACACACGUUACUGAAUUUGAAGGCUAUGGGCAUCUUAUCCUGGAGAGCUUACAGUUUCUUGCUUUUA